AUGAAUGCUACGUUGUUGGCCUUGGAGAACUCAGCUGCAAUAACACCGACCGACAGACACAUGGCGAGACCCCAAGAUACGGCUUUGGCCGGAUCCCAUGGUCUCCUUAAGGUGCACAAAGACGGCGCUCCUCUCCGACCCAUCGUGUCGCUCAAAGGUACUCCAACGUACGGACGGGCUAAGUGGCUGUUCCGGCGUCUCAACUUCCUGACCGCUGAGUCAGACACCACGACCUCUUCGUCAGCACAAUUCCUGCCGAAACUCAAAGGGGUAGGCCUCCAUCCAAAUGAAACCAUGGUAUCUUUUGAUGUUACAUCCCCUUUUACUUCUAUUCCCCAGGACCUGGCGAUCGAGACAAUCGAGCUGCUUCUACAAAGCAAAUACGAUGAAACGGAGAACCGUCUUGGACACGCCCAAAUCCUUCAGCUCCUGAAGCUCUGUCUCAGGACGUACUUCACGUUCGAAGGGGCAGUCUACGAGCAAGUGAAGGGCACGCCAAUGGGUUCGCCGGUUUCGGGAUUCAUCGCCGAGGCAGUCCUACAACGGUUGGAGUCACUGAUUUUCCAACACCACAGACCUGAAUUCUGGGCUCGGUAUGUGAAUGAUACCUUCGUCGUCAUCGAACGGGAUCGGGUGAUGGAAUUCAAAGAACAUCUCAACGCCAUCUUCACGGACAUUCAAUUUACGAUGGAGGAGGAAGAGAACAACCAGCUGGCCUUCCUGGAUGUCCUCGUAUGCCGCAAGGAUUGUGGUGGACUAAAGACCAAAGUGUUCAGGAAAGUGACAAAUACGAUGCAAGUACUGAGCUUCAACAGCAACCAUCCACUCAGCCAGAAAAGGCAGUUGCGUGAGGACGCUAUACCGGCGUGUCGAGACGCAUUGUGGCCAACCGGAUGA